AUGCAAUAAUCAGCAAAUACUAGAUAAAUAUUAGAUUUAGAUUUUUAAAAAGAACUUUAUUAAGAAGAUCUAAAGAAGCUUGUGACGAAUAUUCAAGAUAAAUAAAAAUCUUAUAAUGACACAAGAUUAUUAUAAAGUGAACUUGUGUAAAAAAUCAUCAAAAUUUGUUAUUAAAAAUAUGAAGAUGAUAUUAUUAAGAAAAGAAUCGAACUUUAAGAGUUAAAAUCAAGGUCAGAAGAGUAAAAGGCUAAACAGGAUGAAGAAUACAACAAUUUAGAAAUGGAACUUAAAAAUAAAAUAGUCAAUGUAUUCAUACGUUUUCAAAAAUAUUAUGAUAAAAUAGCCUAAGAAAAAACUAAAUUAGAAGAGUUAAUAGUUGGAGAUUAAAUUGAUGGAGAUUACAUUUUAAUUUUGCAAAGUGUUCAUUAAUCAUUAUCUGAUUUUGAAUUAGCUAAAGAUAAUGAAUGUAUUAAUUAGUAAACAUUUUUAUCUUUAAAAUCUCCUAAUGUUCACACUAAAUAGCAUUAAAAAAUGUCUCAUUUAAAUUCAUAUGUCAACACACUCAUUACAAAAAUUGAAUAUGGUGAUUAAUAAAUUUUAAAUAACUAAUCUGAAAAUUCAUAAAUCUAAAUUAUUUUAUCAUAAAAACUCACUUCCCUCAAAUAAUAAAUCAGAUAACUGUAAUAAUUUAAUCAUGAUUGUGUAUAAGAAGUUUUUGAUCUUUAAUCUGACUUUCUUAAUAGUUAAAGAAACCUUAAAAAUAUGAGAUUAAAUAUCUAAAAUUCUUUUGCCAAAGAAGAAGAAUAAAAAUGUGCAGAAAUUAUUUAAUUAGAAUAAUUAAAAUCUGAUAUGGAUAAAAAUUAUAAAUCUUAUACAUAAAUUGUAUUAUAAGGAAAUAGUUAAAAAAAAGAUUAUGAAGAAAAUAUAAUCAGAUUAAUUUCAUUAUCUAAUUCAUUAAUUCAAUCCUUAAAUAAUAGCAUAGAAUAAUUUAGAUUAUAAUUAGAAGCAUUCUCUUUAACUCCUGAUUCUAAAACACCUUCAAGUACUUCAAUAAAAAAGAUUAAUAUUUAAAAUCCUUAUAAAAAAUAUUAAAAUGAUAAAAUUUAAACAGAGCCUUCUACUUAUAAUAUAUAAAAAUCUAUUUACUUCAGAAGAAAACCUUAAGUAGAAAAAUUAGGCUCGAUCAAAACAGAUGAAAAUAACAUUACAUCAUUCUCAUCUAUUUUUAAAUAAACUUCUUAAUCACCCAAUUUUAGAAAUUAAAUUUUACCAGAAAAAUAAACGGCAUUACCUUUGAAAUGUUCUUGUCCUCCUGAAUGUUUAUGUUAAUAAUAUAUAUAAGAAUAAUUACACACAUGCAACAAUUAAUUGUAUAUAAAUUAAAAAGGAAUUCUAUUAUGUUAAGUUUGUUAAAUAUCUUUUUAAAUAAAUGAACAUCAAUUUUACUGUUAAUUUAAUAAGACUAAAAAUAAGUUUAAAUAAUUUCAUGAUUUUAUUCAUUCUUUUUGGAAAUAUAUUAUAAGUUUGACUUUAAAUUAAUAAAUUGUAGAUUUUUGGAUCGGUCUAAUUAUAAAUUGCAAAUAAUAAUGGUAAAAUGGGUCACCAAGAUUGCCUUCGAUAAAAUAAGAUGAAAUAAUUGUAAAUUUUCAAUCAAAUUGUCCCAAUCAAAGCUUUUGCAAUCAUAAAAGUCUUCUCCCUCAAAUACAUUCUACAUGUAACACUCCAUUAUAAUUAUCUAAUUAUGGAGAUGUUAUUUGUAAAAGAUGUCAGUACUCAAUGUUUAUUUAAUAUCAUUUAAUUUAAUGCCAUGAAAAUAAUUAAUUUUAUGCAUUUUAGAGUGUUGAAGAAUUUAUUUUAUCAAUUGAUCCUUAUAUAAAAUAAUUGAUAAGAUAAGAAAAAAAUGAUUGUAAUUAAUUUUUAUAAUCAUUGAUUAUUAAUUUGAAUAAAAAAUGGAAAUGA